GGAGAUUUCAGAACAAGGCGACCAUCCUGCAGACUGAGGAUCCGGCUGGUUCCUCUCCGUCCUCUAAUCUAAACCCCUCUCCGGAGAAGCAGACGCUCGGCGGGAUGAGUCUCUGCGGACCCUCGAGUCGAGAAGCUGGAAGAGAGCGUUCUGUCUGAGGAGAAGAAGCUGACCGUCCGGGGUCCCUCGCCCGACGACCCCCCUACAUGUCUGCCAGCCAGAGUCCGAGAGAUUGUCACAAAGAAUCUCAACGACAGCGGGGGAGCCAUGUCCUCCGUCAUGUCCCUCCAGGAGGAGAACCGGGUGCUGCAGGUGGAGCUGGCGAGGCUGGAGGACCUGCUGGCGCACAGCAGAGCCGACCGAGACGAGCUCGCCAUCAAGUACGGCGCAAUCAGUGAGCGGCUGGAGCAGGCGCUGCGCCUGGAAACGGGAGACGGGGACCGUGACUCGCCGGAGUCUCGCUGCCUGGCUCAGCAGAACGUGGAUCUGCGGCGGCGGCUGGACGAGGAGCAAGCGGCCUACAAGCGCAAACUCACCGCCUACCAGGAGGGGCAGCAGAGGCAGGCGCAGCUGGUGCAGAAGCUGCAGGCCAAGGUGCUGCAGUAUAAGAAGAGGUGUGGCGAUCUGGAGCAGACGCUGCAGGAGAAGUCGUCUGAGUUGGAGAAACACAGUGUGGGUAGCCACAGCGAGACAUCAAACGGGCGCCACCAGGACGAGGCGAGCAGCAACCUGGAGGAUGCUUUGAUCCGGCUGGAGGAGGAACAGCAGAGGAGCAGCAGUUUGUCUGCGGUGAACUCCAUGCUCCGGGAGCAGUUGGAACAGGCCGGCCUGGCCAACGAGGCUCUCAGUCAGGACAUCCGCCGGCUCACCGCCGACUGGACCAAAGCCAGAGAGGAGCUGGAACAGAAGGAGUCCGACUGGAGGAGGGAGGAGGAGUCUUUCCACAGCUACUUCAGCAGCGAACACGGCCGUCUGCUCACGCUGUGGCGACAGGUUGUCGGGUUCAGGAGGCACGUUUGUGAGAUGAAGACCGCCACUGAGAGAGACCUGUCGGAGGUGCGUAACGAGCUCUCCCGGAUGUCCCACUCCGCUCACGUGUCCUGCGCCGGCGUGUCCGCCACCCUGCACUGCCGGGAGGAAGGAGCCGCUCUGGCGCUGGAGCGGGAGAAAUCUGUCCGAGUCCAGCUGGAGCAGCAGCUGAGAGAGCGAGUGACUGAGAUGAUGAACCUUCAGACCAGAGCAGACGCAGAGAGAAGUGAGCUCAGCCUCAGGUUAUCAGACUCUUUGCGAGAGAUGGAGCGACUGAAGAAUCAAAUUGAAGAGCGGGACAGAGAAAUCGCCGCCCUAGGGAGGAGGCUGGAGGAGCAGAGCGGCAACGACGAGACUGACAUGCAGAUGGUGAGAGCUCACAGCGAGACGCUGCUGGACACACUGCGGGACAUCGCACAGAGCGUCCUGUCAGACGGGGAGUCGUCGUCAGAGGCGGAUCAGGACAACUCCGGGGCUCCGCUGCUGUGGUUGAUCCGUGACUCCUCCCCCCUCAGGGCCUCGUCUCCUCGGAGGGCGGCCUCCCCGACUCGAGCCUCCUCGCUGCCCCCUCUCCCGGAGGCCGCGCUGUCGGCUCUCCGGUCGGCAGUCGCCAGCAAGACGCUGCAGCUGCAGGACGUCCGAGGUCGUUUGCUCAGUGCCCAGGCUUCAGUGCAACAGUUACGGAAGCAGCUCUCAGAGUCGGAUUUGGCCAAAAAGGACGCCGAACAGCGAAACCAAGUGCUGCAGCGCGAGAGGGACUCUGCUCAGAGAGAGAGGGAGGCCGUCCAGAAGGAGAAAGAGCGUCUGAAGCAGGAGCGAGACACAGUCACCAGUGAGAAGGUGAACCUGGAGAAGCUGGUCCAGACGGCGCAGAGCAGCAGUCAGAUCCUGCAGAUGGACUGUGAGAAGCUCCAGCUGACCCUGACCUCCCUGCAGCGCGAGCGAGACCACGAGAGGGAGGAGAAGGAGGCCGUCAUGCAGGAGAGGGACCGGGCGAAGGCGGAGGCUCAGAGGAUACAGAAGCAGUGGGAUCAUGGCGAGAGCCGAGCCUCGGCUCUGCGCGGCGAGCUGUCCGCUGUGAAGGAGACCCACCAGCAGGGGGAAGUUGAGAGGCAGCUGCUGGAGCGGGAGAAAGCCCAGCUGUCUGAAGCACUUGCCCGGGCUGAGAGCAGCAACACUGAGCUGUCCCUGCUGAUCAACAAGCUCCAGUCUGAGGACGCAGCGCUCAGAGACUCCCUGGCAAAGAUGGGCGGCAUGAAUGAGAGCCUGGCCCAGGAUAAGGUCGACCUAAACACCUACAUCCUCCAGCUGGAGGAGGAGAAGGCCCUCCUGCAGGCGCAGAGGCGUGAAGCGGAGCAGGAGAAGCUGACCAUCAGGGACGAGCUGGUCCGGCUGGAGCAGGACCGGCUGGAGCAGGAAUCCUCCCGCAUCACGCUGCAACAGUCGCUGCAGGACACCGAGCUGGGCCGGGCGGGGAUGGAGGCCGAGCUGCAGAGCCUCCGGACCGAGAGGCUGAAGCUGCAGGAGAGAGUCACUCAGCUCUGUGGGGAGGUGACCUCUCUGGGCUCAGAGCUGAGCCUGAUCAGAGGAGAGGGCCAGAGGAACGAGGUGGCCUUGGAGGAGGCCGGCCGCAGUCGCGCUGAACUGGCUCGAGAUAAAGCGGCUCUGGUGGUCCAGCUGACAGCGUCGGAGAGAGAAAACACCAUGCUGUCAGAGGAGCUGGCUGCGUUCAGGUCGGAGCGGGAAUCGCUGGAAACCAGCCUGUUCGACGUGCAGCAGCAGCUGGUCCAGGUGGAGUCUCGCAGAGAGCAGCUGGAGGCGGAGAACCAGAACCUCCGAGUCCGAUGUGAGACGUCAGCAGCUGAGCUGAGGCGUGCGCGCUCAGACGCGGAGAACGCGUCUUCCCAGGCUGAGAGGGACAAACAGGCUGUGACUCAGGCCCUAAAUGCUGCACAGCUGGAGGCCCAGCAGGCCUUACGCAAGGCCGCCGCUGAGCACCAGGAGGAGCUGGACCGGCUGGUUUCAGAGAAGGAAGUUGUGCGGCACGGCCUGCUGAUGGAACACGAGGUGGAGCUGAGGAAGCUCAGGCAGGAGAUCGAGGAGCAGCUCCAGAGGUCGAAGAGGGAGCGGGAGGAGCUGCGCGAUGAGCUGAGCAGUCUGCAGCAUGACAGGGAUCAGUGUCUGCUGCAGGCCGAAACGGAGAAACAGCAGGCCCUGUCGCUGAAGGAGGCAGAGAAAACGGUUUUGUCUGACAGGGUGUCCAGUCUGCAGGCGGAGCUGUCAGCCGCGGUGCUGGAGGCCGAGCGAAUGUCCAGAGAAGUCGCUCAUUACAAAGAGCAGGAGCAGAUCAGAGUCGGCGCUCUGACUAGUGAGCUGCAGGAGCUCCGCUCCCAGCAGGAAGACGCUGCCUCUGCCCACGAGAGGGAGCUCCACAGUCUACGAGAGGCCUGUACCGAUCUGCGCUCACGCGCCGACGUGGCCCUUAAAGAGCUGGAGCAGUGCAGGGCGUCGCUCUCGGCGGCCGAGGAGUCUCGAGACCGGCUGAAGCGGGACUCGCUGGAGGCCGAACGCCGCCUGAGCCAAAGUCAGGACUCCGCAGAAAACUGCAGGAGGGAGGCGGCGGAGCUGCGGCGCAACCUGUCCGACGUCUCCAUGGAGCGAGACGCCCUCGGCCAGUCCAACACACACCUGAGAGAAACUCUGCGCAGCGCAGAUUCGGAGAGGAUCAGCGUGAAGCGACAGUGUGAAGAGAAGGAGCAGCGGCUCGCUGUGCUGGAGGAGACGCUGUCGUCCACCCAGAAGGAGGUGACGGAGCUGCGGAGCUGCCUGAGGGAGGUGGAGAGGUCGCGGCUGGAGGCUCGGCGGGAGCUUCAGGAGCUCCGCCGACAGCUGAAGGUUCUUGAAGGAGAGAAGCAGCAGAGAGGGAGGGAGGUGGCCGAGCUGCAGACUCGUCUGUCACUAGAGGAGCAGAGAGAGGAGGAGAAAGGAAAAGAUGUUUUUACCCUCAAACAGAAGCUGAUUGAAGCGGAAGCAGCCCGAGACUCCCUCAAGAAAGAGCUCUGUGUGACUCAGAAGCGUCUGCUGGAGUCGGAGUCCGGCUGGCGCAGCUGCGAGCGCGAGCUGACCGCCCAGCUGCAGGAGGCCCGCGGCUGCGAGAAGAAGCUCCAGGACGAAGCCAAGAACCUCUCCCUGCGCGCCCAGGCGGCCCAGGACGCCGCCGCCCAGUCCGGCCUGCAGCUGAGCGAGGCGCAGGGGCGUCUGGCCGCCACGGAGGCCGAGCUGUCCCGGGCCGAGGUGGGCAGGAGGGAGCUGGAGUUCCGUCUGAGCAGCCUCCAGUCGGCGCUGACCAGGACGCUGGGCAUCGGGGCCAGCGGCCGGGGGGGCCGGGGCCGGAGCCCCGGGGGCAGCUCCACGUCUCCCGGCACCGUGUCCCGCCACCACAGCGUCUCGCCGCUGCGCUCCUCGCUGUCGCCUCCGAAAGCAGAAUUCCAGGUCAGCACCCCUGACAACCUCUCAGGAGCUGCUUCCCCUGAGAGAGGAGACACCCCUCUGCCCCUUCCCCUGCCAGACCUGGACCCCGAGACGCUCCGGAGUGGCCUCAGAGACUUCCUGCAGGAGCUGCGUGACGCACACAGGGAGAGGGACGAUGCGCGCUGCCAGCUGGGGACGCUCCAGCGGGAGCUGGAGGAGCUGCAGGGGGAGCGGGACUCGGCACAGAGCCGCCUCGCUCAGCUGCAGAACACCUUACAGGACUACCAAGAAGGAAAGCGUGGCCUGGACGAGCGUCUGACCACCACCCAGAUCCUGCUGCAGCAGCAGGAGGAGGCGGCCAGGAGAGCAGACCGAGAGAGGAGGGCGCUCAGCGACAGGGUGAAGGAUUUAGAGCGAACCCUGCAGGCCUCGGAGACAGAAAAGAAGCACAUUCAGGAUCAGCUGAACAAGCAGCGAGCCGCCGAGAUGCGCCUGGAGGCGGAGAGGAGGCGCCUGCGGGAGGCGCUGGAGGCGGCCGAGGCCCGGGCCACCCGGGUGGAGCUGGGGAGGCGCAGCCUGGAGGGGGAGCUGCAGAGGCUCAAGCUGAGUCUGGGAGACCGGGAGGCCGAGAGCCACGCCUCCCAGGAGCGCCACGACUCCCUCCUCAAACAGGUUUCAGAUGGAGAAUCUCGCGUGUCUCUGAUGCACAGAGAGGUGGAGAGGCUGAGCCAGGCUCUGCUCAAAGCACAAGAAAACGAAUCUCUGCUCAAAGAGAAGACCAGCUCUCUCCACCAGGCGCUCCAGGAUUCGGCGGCCACUCACAGCGCCACGCAGAGCCGCCUGGUCGCCCUGCAGAAGACGCUGAGCUCGGUGGAACAGGACAAGCGGCUCCUACAGGAUCGGAUGGAUGAAAUGCGGGCCUCUUUGGCCGAAGCCAAGAGAAACAUGGUCGCCCUCGGUGAUCGCGUGCAGAGCCUCCAGAGUGAGCUGAACCAGAGCGAGCUGCGGCGAGAGGAGCUGGAGGUGGAGCUCAGCAACGCUCAGGAGGCACUGCGUCAGCGGUCAGCCGGGCUGGUGGAGGCUCAGCGCGGCGUCCAGUCAGCCCAGACCGAGCGGGCAGCUCUGGAGGAGCGACUCAGGGGGCUGCAGAGAGCCGUCGCCAUGCUGGAGACGGAGAAAAAAGACGCGGAGCGACAGGCCGUCAGGCUGGAGAAGGACAAGAACGCACUGAGGAACACGCUGGAUAAGGUGGAGCGUCAGAAGCUGAAGUCCGAGGAAGGCACCAUGCGUCUGUCGGCGGAGAAAAGCCGUCUGGAUCGAACUCUGGGCACGGCGGAGCAGGAGCUGCAGGAGGCGCAGCAGCAGAUCCUCAUCCUGCAGACUCAGCUGACCGACAUGGAGCAGUCCCACAGCCUGUGCGAGAGCCUGGCCAGGCAGCGCGACGAAGCCCAGCGAGAGGCGGAGAGGACGAGGAGCAGCUUCAGGGACAUGGAGCGAACGCUGGGCACCAGGGAGCGAGCCCACCGCCACAGGGUCAAGGGGCUGGAGGAGCAGGUCUCCACCCUGAAGGAGCAGCUCCAGCAGGAGAUGAAGCGCCGGCAGCCGUCUCUCCCGUCCUCUUUACUGUCGACAGGAGACUGAGGAGCACCGGCGCUGCUCUCUGCUCAUCAUUAACAACUCUAACUCCCAGAAAUGUGCUCCUUCUCUAACUGUACUGUUUAAAAUUGCUCUGAUUUGUGACACUGAACACUAUUGUUAUCCUGCAGGGAGUCUUUGAUAUUUUGAAUUGUUAAGAAAAAGAGACUUAGAUGAGGUACAGGGAGAUUUAGAGAUGUGAUUCAGUGCGGCGUUGAAAACUCCCACGGUUGACAGAUUACGGGCAGCCGUCUGAAUUCGAUCUUUGCACAACAUCGGCCGCAAACGUCCUGCUCCUUCUGAAAAAGCCCCGCAGGAUUCUCCGGCAGACCGUGGAGACGGAGGAGAAGAAUGAAAACCCGCCAGCUUUAGGUUUUGGCCUCGAUUCCUUCGCGUUCAAAUGAAAAGCUGAGAACAGCAAAUGAAAAACGGCUUGAGCAUCACGAAGGAACUGCACUGUAUUUUGUCUCAGGCACAGAUUUGACUGAUUAUAUGACAUGAAGAGAGUAUUUUAUGGAUAUUUGCUAGAAUAUUGACUACAGUUUGACUAUAAACCUACAGUGUUUUUAUUAGUGUAUUAUUUUACCAGAUGGCUAUACUUUUUACUUACUGUUUUCAUCUUGGCAGACGGAGUCUUAACAUGGACGGUGAACAUUGGAACCACAUGUUUGCAGGAGAAUAAACGUAACUCAUGUUUGUUCAUAAACAGCUUUCAGCGCACCGA